GGGCAGUACAGAUCAUGUGGAGUGAAGUGGGGUCCAAACUGCAGAGUGACUGCGAAGUUGGGACGGGGCAGAGAAGCAGGUGGAAAUAAUGGGACUGUAUUCAUCGCACCUCUCCAAGAUUGAGAACCUUCCGGAAAUCAUGGAAGAGACAGGCUUUUCCAAGUCCCACAUCUGCCGUCUCUACGAUCGGUUUGAAGGGUUGGACCAGAGCAACAGAGGGACGUUGAGCCGGGCCGACUUCCAGCGUAUCGGAGCGCUCGCGGUGAAUCCGCUGGGGGAACGAAUCAUCAAUGCCUUCUUUCCUGACGGUAAAGACACUUUGGACUUCCGUUCGUUUGUCCGCAUCCUGGCUUGCUUCCGACCCAUAGGAAAGCUCAGGUCGCAGGAUCCCCAGGCCCCAGAACCAAUCAACAGCCGAGACAACAAGCUGCGGUUUGCUUUUGAACUGUACGACCAGGACAAGGAUGGGAAGAUCUCGAGAGAUGAACUCUACCAGGUGCUGUUCAUGAUGAUGGAAGCAGAGGUUACAGAAGACCAGCUGGACAGCAUCAUUGACCGGACCAUUCAGGAGGCUGACCAGGAUGGUGAUGGCGCCAUCUCUUUCGAAGAGUUCAGAAAGAGCCUUGAGAAUGUUAACCUGGAGCACAAGAUGAGCAUUCGCUUCCUUCAGUGAGAUCCAGAGGGCUACGGAAGCGAACUCCCCGAACUCCUUCUCUGAACCGCCCAUUGUAUUUCCAGGCUGGCUAUCGGACAGAAACCAUGAAGUGUGUAUGAUAGGCUGUCAAGAUUUGUACAUCAAGGUUUGAGCAGUUUCCUCCCCCCUCCGUCCCCCUCCUUGGUUUGAACCCGGGACCUUUCAGGAGCUCCGGGCUUCCCUUCAAGCACCCUGGGGUCAGGGAGGCUGAUUUCCUGCUCCCUCAGUUCACCAGUGUCUGGGGUCCCACACCAACCCCACACACUACCAGGGAACUGCUACCAAGGACAGAAUCCCACUUCAGCGGGGGAGGAUGAAUCCUGCCUCCUGUAGUUGAAAAUCCAAUGAGGUGGGUUACCACCACAUGGGGUCCGAAUGGGUGAUCUCCUGAUGGAUCCUUUACCCAAUGAACCCACCUCCCAACAAUGAAACAAAUGGAGUGGGAGAGGGUUAAUCAAAGGGUUACAGACAUUUAUGGCACAGAGGGAGGCCAUUCAGCCCAUUAAUUCUAGUCCCGGUCUGUGGCCCUCAGAAUGCUCCUACCUUUUAAAUGACUGGGUGACUUGGCACCCCACCACUUGCUGAGUAUUUUUUAAAAAAUCCUUCAACUUCUCUCUAACACCUUCCACCAAUAAUCUUAUAUCGUGCUUGAAAAUUAAAAAUGCUGCAGAUGCUGGAAAUCUGAAAUAUACACUCAGCAGGUCAGGCAGCAUCCGUGGAGGGAGAAGCAGAGCUAACUGUAUCUGCUGGUUACUGAAAGCUCUGCUAGAGGAAAUAGCUCCUUCCUGUUCAUCUUGUCCAGGUCUCCAGUAUCACACACCUCGGGUAAAUCCCCCCAUAAUCUUCUUUGUUCCAAAGGGAACAAGUUAGCUGAGCCCAUCUCUGCUCAGAACUAAAGUUCUACAGCUCUGGCAACAACCCUACAACCCCCUCUAAUCCCCCUCUAAUCGUAGGGUAGUGGGAGUGCAGAAAAUCAAAUGGUUUGAUCUCUCUCGGGAGCAUCAGGCAGGGAGAUGUUAGCUGACCCGUGCCUAACUCCAUACGGACACCAAAUGCCCAAGCACAGUUGCUGUUUACAGUGGGGAGUUCCAAUUUUUUCCCACCCUACAAUUCCACUCCUGAGAGGCCGAACUCCAAUUGUUCGAGGAUGCUCCUUCGACCUACACUCCCCAUCCAGCACCUAACCACCAGUUCCUCUCACCAUCUUAAAACAAUCAAAUCACUCCUUAUCUAGAGUCCAGGGAAUACAACUUUACUUUGUGUAAUCUCUCUCCCUCUCUUGCUCUCUCUCGCACAUUCUAUCUCUCCUUCUCUCACUGUCUCUCUCAAUCUCUCUCCUUCACUCUCUCUCACUCCCUCUUGCUCUCUCUCGCGUUCUCUCUCCUCUCACUCUCUCUCCCCGCUCUCUCUCUCCCUUUCACUCUCUCUCUUGCUCUCUCUCUCCCUCUUGCUCUCUCCCUCUCUCACUCUCUCUCCCCCUCACUCUCUCUCUCUCCCUCUCUUUCACGCUCUCUCACUCUCUCUCGCUCUCUCUCGCUCUCUCUCUCUCUCUAUCCAGCUUUGUAUCUAUAUCCCCAAUCCCACUAGGUGUCCCAGAGUCAGCUCGAAAUUCCCAUCUCCCUGCCUCUCCUGUUUCCCUGCCACUGACUCGCUCCGUGAAUCUCCCCACGGACCUAGUUUCCGGUCAGCAGAAUGACCCUGAAUCCUCCUUUGCCUUGGAAGCAACCAGCACUGGGACAGUCCCAACUAUCACGGCAUUGAAUCAACUUCAUUUAAACUUCCAGAUGUUUCUGACUAAGUUUGUUCUUUGAUACCACGCAGACUGAUAGGUUUGCAAUAAAUGAAAUAAUUCCUCAAAGAGACUAAGGUACAGUUGUGUGUUUGUUCCAUCUCCUUUUCUGCUGUGCCAGAAGGGGGAUACACUGCCCCAGUUACAUACUUCAUAACAAUGCUGGUCUUUCACCCGACUGUGAUCAUGUGAUCUGCUGUGCUGACCCAGUCUGUUAUGUGGGGUCAUACAAUCAUGCAGCACCAAUACAGCCCCUUUGGAUUGUUGUAAACCCCAUCUGGCUCAUAAUGUUUUUCAGGGAAGGGGAUCUAACGUCCUUACCCGAUCUGGCCUCCAUGUGACUCCAGACCCACCAAACGGUUUGACUUUUAGCUGCCUCCUUAGGUCUGGGACAAUGUCGGCAUUGUCACUGAUAUCCACAGUCCAGGAUUACAAGAGGGCGGCACAGUGGCGCAGCGGGUAGAGCCACUGCCUCACAGCUCCAGAGACCCGGGUUCAAUCCUGACCUCCGGUGCUGCCUGUGUGGAGUUUGCACGUUCUCCCUGUGACUGUCCGUUUCCCCCGGGUGCUCCGGUUCCCUCCCACAUCCCACAGACGUCCGAGUUGGUAGAUUAAUUGGCCGCUGUAAAUUGUGUAGGUGAGUGGUAGAAUCUGGGGGGAGAUGGGGGGGGAUGUGGGGAGAAUAAAAAAUGGGACUAGUGUAGGAUUAGUGUAAAUAGGUGGCUGAUGGUCGGUGCGGACUCACUGAUUUGAGGAGCUGUUUCUGCGUUGUCUCUACGACUCAAUGACUGUAAUCACUUGCAAUAGAUUUUUGAGAUGUUUAACUGUCAGCACAUCAGAAAAGGAAGCAGGAGAGAGUGAACAUUGAACAUGGAACAUCAGAGGAACAGGCCCUUCGGCCCACGAUAUCUGUGCUGACCACGUUGCCAAAUUAAACUUCACAUUUGCCUGCGCAGUGUCUGUAUCCCUCCAUUCCCUGCCCGUUCAUGUGUUUGUCUAAAUGCCUCUUAAACGUUGCUGUUGUAUCUGCUUCCACCCCUUCCCCUGAAGGUAAUGAAUAGAGAAAUAUUCUUGACUUGACUUUAAGGACAA